GAGUAUAAGAAAGUCAAUUGUGAAGGAGUGGUCGAUAGAAAUAGGAGGUUUGACCAAUCUAAGGAUGUUGGAUCACAACGGUGGACUUAUGGCUAGAAUUCCAUCCAAGUUGAUAUCAAAGUUGCAUAAUUUAGAAGAACUGUACUUGCCAGGAUUUUGGUUGUGGGGGGUUAAAGUUAAGGGAGAAGGAGAAGAAACCAAUGCAGGCUUUGACGAGGUAACUAGCUUGACAAAAUUAAGAGUUUUGAAGGUUAGUAUGUUAGAUGUAGAAUGUAUCCCCAAGUAUGUUGAGUCCAUACCGGAUUGGGUUGAGUUUCAUAUACGUAUAGGUAAAUACGACCCAAUCAAGAUUCCAUCCCAUGAUGAGUAUGAUCGAUACGGUCAUAUUAACUCAAUAUGCUUGAAGCUUGACAUCAUCAGUCGCUUACCGGAUUGGUUUCGCAACGAGAUAAUGAAGAAAACAGAGCAUCUAGUAUGGGAAGAGGGCCGAAGGUUAAUUGACAUAUUUGUGGAAUCUGAGCAUGGGAGAUUAGAGGAGCUGAAGCAGCUUGAAAUAGUGGGUCCCGAGAGUAUCAUGGAGCCGACGAACACAAUAACAUGGGUUCCAGAGAAACCUGUGUUCGAGAAUUUGGAAGCAUUGCAUCUGCUUGAGCUGGAUUGUGCGGAGUUAUGUGCUCUUGAAGUUCUACCACCUGGGUCUUUUUUCAAUUUGAAGUUAUUGAAGGUAGAAACUUGUUACAACUGGGGGAAUAUACUUUUACCAUCUACAUUGUUACAGAGACUGCUAAAUUUGGAAGAACUAUAUUGUAAAACAAUGUACCAGAGUGAAUAUGUGUUUGGGUUUGAAGAAGCGUCACAUAUUGUGUCAAAACAAUUAAAACUGAGAAAGAUAGAAUUGUCUGAUACGGAUAUAGUAAGCCUAUGUGAUGGACCUGCUCCACCUGCAAUGUUCCAGAAUCUUCAAAGUUUCUCCAUUACAAACUGCAUGUUGCUGGGAAGUCUCUUCACAUAUGAUGUUGCUCAAUGUCUUUCUCAGCUGAAUUGCUUGGUAUUAGAGGGAUGCCUCUAUUUGGAAAAGAUUGUUGAAGCAAACAACGAGAAGAUCAUCCUUCCAAAAUUGGAGAAAUUAAGUUUGAUAGAACUUCCAAUGUUGGACUAUGAAAGUGCUACUUUUGAUAUUCAGUGUCCUUCAUUGGAAUACUUGGAAUUGUGUGACUGCCCCAAGUUUUCAGUCUCUUCCUCUGACUUCCACAGCUGGAAACAAGUCCAAGUCAAACUCAAUAGAUCGUAUAGACUGUGAAGAAGCUGAUCACAUUCAAGAAACACAAAGAGUCGACCUUCAAUGGCCACGGAGAAGAUUCUUCAUUUAAUUGUGAAGCUGUAGUCA